AUGCAAGACAAGCACGAACUGGACGCGAUCGACUCCAUAGCACUGGAGCAGUACUUUUAUUCCUCAUGGAAAAGCUUUGCGAAAGACUCUCGAACGGAAUCCAUUUGGAUUAACGUCAUUGCGGAUCUUGCAUACGAACACCCAUUUCUCUUACACGGUAUCCUAGCUUGCACAUCGUUACACAUGGCACACAUAUACCCUACACAGAGGGAGAUUUUCAUCGUCCGUGCAUACUCGCACCAGGACUCCGCACUUCCGCUUUUCCGACACGAGAUUGAAAACCCUACGUCAUAUAAUUGUGAUGCCCUAGUGGCAUUCGCAUAUCUUCUUGUCGUGUUUUCAUUUGCGACAGAAUUGGAUAAUGAUGAAAACUCACUACUUCUCGUUUGUGAUGCAAGUAAAGGUACCCAAGAGAAACAGUUAAUUUUACCCCAAUGGCUAUCAUUUAUUCGGUGUGGAUGUGAGAUGCUUAGUGAUCUAUGGGGUAGGAUUGAAACUGGGCCCGUUGGUGCUCUUAGCGACGCAUGGGAGAUUGAGCUCAAUGUGGGUGAUAGCAAACUUGGUUAUCUGGAUCAUUUCAUGUCCAUCGUUCCCAAGGACGGGUCUUGGUCAGACCAUGUGAUAUCUGUCUACCAAGGUGGAGCAAAUGCGCUGGCCGAUGCAUUCGCGUAUAUGAACCGUGAAACAACCAGGAUUGACCUGAGUACGUGGAAUAUUCUGGGGCUGUGGUGCGUACGGCUUGAUGAUGCAUUUUUUGAUCUUAUAUUUGAGAAGCAUCCUGGCGCCUUAAUUCUUCUUGCACAUUACUGUGUGAUCAUGAAGCGGAUGGAGGCUUGCUGGUAUUUUGGUGGUAGACCGGCGAAGCUUAUUGCUGCUAUUGUAAGUGUGCUUGACGAGCGAUGGUACCCUUAUCUCAAGCAGGCAGUGGAUCAAGUUAUGGGAUCUGGCAAUAUAGGAAAAUCCAAUUAA